GGAUCGGCUAGCAAGGAUGGACCGGCUGUGCAAAGAGCAGGUGGACUGUUUUGAGGCCAUGAAAGGCCUACACACCAGCCUGGAGAAACUGUACGAGCUGGAGAAGGCGGCCGUCAAGACAUUGAGGGAGCUGAAGGGUAGCUCUGCGGAUGCCAUAGCGGAGCGUGAGGUCCUGCGCAAACGGAGCGGUAGGCCAUCACUGCAUGGGAACGGCAAGAUUGGUCUCACUCUGGACUACUGGACGUCGAAUUUCGAUCCUUCCGUGUCCAAGGACGACUCGGCCAUGGACGUCGAUGGCCCAGAGGAUGCAGACACGCAAGCCGACGACUCUCCUGAUGUUUGGAGCUUGCGCGUCGAAGCUCAAUCAUGUGCAGCCGGUAUUUACCCUCCGCUUCGCGUAUCCGAUGCCUGGCUGCCAGAGACUUUCGAAUUGCCAUCGCCGGAGAGUGCCGACGGCAUCCCCUGGCAAGACCCGCCCAAUACAACCGUCAGUGCGAGCUCCUCGGGCACUGGUGGAGACGCCAUGGCCAUUGACGGGGGUGAACGACUUCCCGAUCUACGCUUCGUCGCAAAACUGGACCCGCCUGUUCUCCUACCUCUGGGAAUCGCUGCGCCAGUCCUUGCCAGCCUCGGAGACCAAUACUCGCAGUCGACCAUGUUCCCCCUGUAUCACCUCAAGUUGCUCGGGUUCCACUCGGGGGACAUGGCAUUCAGAGUCAUUUCCGAGUCAAGUGUACCGGUAUCUGGAGCCCCCAAGGAUAGAGAAGAGGACGCUCUCCAUGAGUAUGUCCUUGAAGUCUCUAAGGCGGACCUUGGCUACACUCUUGAAGAAGUUCCCUUUUCACAUCCUAGACAACUUGUCGAACUGCUACCUACACUGCGACAGUGGGCCCGUAUAUCGAUUCUUCUCAAAGAAACCUUUGACACACCCCGACUGAGCAUUGACCCGUCGUCAGAGCUCUCUAGCAAUGAACCUCCUACAGCCGAUCUCGAGUCUAUGGACCUACUACCUCCAACCAGCGGCGAAGUCGCCAAAACUCGGGUUGAUAUCGCGUUCUCGAGCAAUACGUUCAAAGAAGUCGCUAUCCCUAGCGUGCACAUGUCAUUUCCGAUUCCCUGCAAGGACCUCGUGUACCAAGUCGCAUUUCAGGUGGUGCCGAAUGCGGAAAUUGUCGUGCUGGAUUGUGAUCAUCCUGUUGUGGUAAAGCAUGGACCUGGUGAGGAUGCAGAGGCAGAUUCCGAGGCGCAGGAAAAACGUGAAUUGGCGCGUGCGUUGGAGAUUUGUGAGGAUUUGGGUGUGUGGAUUGAGUGGAUCAAGAAGAAGGCGAGGGUUUGAUGAUGAAACAGUCGUUGGCUUGUGAGAUUUUGAUAUCAUCAUCAUCAGCGGCGGCGGCGGCAACGGCAUCGUCAUCACACACACACGCACGCACGCACACGCAAACACACAUGCAUACACAUGCACACAUGCACAUACAUGUACACAUGCACACAUGCACACACUGUACACAUAUACAGAUUCAGAUCAUGAAUUGGAGAAGAAGCAAAUAGAUGCAUGGCCCGCUCGCCCUGUAUAUACAGUGUUUUUUGACACAGGACAGAACUGGACAAAACAGAACAGAAGGGAACAGAAAGAGAACAGCGUAGCAGUAGAAGAGAACAAC